GGUGGAAUAGUGUCAAAAUGACAGCGGGUGUCAGAGUAGACCGUCUGUGAUUUUGUCCAUUGCUAGGAUUUGUUGUUUGUCUAGUUCUAUGAAUAAUGCCGAUAAAAAUGUCGUAUUUCAUCCAAUCAUCAGUUCGAUACAAAAGGUGGCACUUUACGAAACGAAAACACGUCUCUACCUAGUCGGCAGCAACAUUCGCGAAACUCGCUUCCGUGUCCUUAUAAUAGAUCGCACGGCUGUAAACGAACUAAAAAUUGAAGAAGACCCUAAUGAACUUUCAGCAAAGGAAAUUCGGCGAUUUGUCAACUCUUUGGGUCCAUCAAAAGUUACAAGCGCAUAUGGAGUCAUUGGUUUUGUUCGCUUCCUGGAAGGCUACUACCUUAUACUGGUCAGAAAGAGGAUUCUGUGUGCAUUCAUCGGAAUGCACUUGAUAUAUACUAUUAAGGACACUGUAAUGGUUCGAGUGAAUGAAUCGUCUUCAGAAACGCCUCAUCCCAACGAGCAGCGUUACCUUAGAAUGUUCCAAAACGUAGACUUGCGUAGCAACUUCUACUUUAGCUACAGCUAUGACCUAACGAGAACGCUACAAUAUAAUUUGUCUGCACCCAGAUUUGUAGGAAAUAAUGUCGACAUUGAAAAAGACGAGAAACUGCCAGAUUGGGAUACACUAACAAAUAAUGUCUCCAGUAAAAAUGAGCGUGUUGACUACGCUUUCCGAAGCAGUUCACGCUCGAGAUUCGUUUGGAAUAAUUUUCUGCUCGAGCCUAUGAAUAAAAUUAUGUUGAAGGACUGGUUUCUUGAAAUUAUUCACGGAUAUGUCAGCGAGUCGAGCAUCAGCAUUUUUGGGCGACCAGUUUAUGUUUGCCUUAUAGCUCGUCGUAGUACCCGUUUCGCGGGAACACGUUUCCUCAAGCGCGGGGCGAAUUUUGAUGGCGACGUGGCCAAUGAAGUGGAGACCGAACAAAUCGUAAUUGAUGGACACAGGCUGUGCAGUUUUACACAAAUGCGAGGAUCAAUACCAUCUCACUGGUCACAAGACGUUAGCAAGAUGGUGCCUAAACCUUCAAUACUUUUGGACUUAUCCGAUCCUUUCGCUGAAACAGCAGCAAAGCAUUUUGAACGAUUGAUUUUCCAUUCUGGAGCGCCUAUUAUUAUUUUGAAUUUAGUGAAGAAACGAGAAAAGCGAAAACAUGAGAGUAUAUUGGAGAAAGAGCUUCGUGACAGUGUCAAAUAUUUGAAUAUUUUCCUACCGCCUCAGCAUCGCAUUCGGUAUAUCCAUUUCGAUAUGGCUCGGAAGAAUAGAGGCAGUGAGAAUGUUAUGGAGAGCUUGGCUAAAAUUUCUGAGGAUAUCAUAAAAUUAACGGGAAUGUUUUUCAAAGGUGAGGCGGAGACAAGUUUUCAAACAGGAAUCGUCCGAGUUAACUGCGUAGACUGCUUGGAUAGAACGAACACAGCUCAAUUUGCGAUAGGGAAGUGUGCCUUGGCUCACCAACUUCAUCAGUUAGGGUUCAUCCAACCUCCGAAACUAGAAUUUGACUCCGAUUGUGUUACAAUGCUUGAGAAACUCUACGAAGAUCAUGGCGAUACUCUAGCUUUGCAAUAUGGUGGUUCACAACUUGUGCAUAGGAUUAAAACCUAUCGAAAAACCGCUGCGUGGGCAUCACAAGGCAAUGAUAUAAUGCAAACACUCAGUAGAUAUUACAGUAAUACAUUUAGUGAUACUGAGAAGCAACAUAGUAUUAACCUCUUUCUGGGAUUGUAUAUUCCAAGCAGAGAUGAUAAAAAACCAAAUCCUCCGAUAUGGGAGCUUCAAACCGACUAUCAUAUGCAUAAUCAGAUUCCGCUGGGCACUCCAGAAACCCCAGCAAGGUCUUUGACGAAUUGGGUGCGACCCAUUAUCUGCAAGACUCUUCCUUACUCGUGUAGCGACUCAAAUAAAGUCGUAAGGGAACUUAUUCGUGUACAUUCUAAAGACAUGGAAAUGAUUGAUUCUUACUCAAAUUAUCACAUGUCCUUCAAGCUGAUUUCGUUUGAGGAGCAUAUUGCAUUCCAAAUAAGUCAUAUGGCAAAGACCUUCUUGCCCACUUUCCGAACAAAUUUCAGUCCGUUUCAGCCAGGACGAAGGCGUGACGCUCACACUCAGAACCCGUCCCUUACGGGACAAAGUUCAACAGGUUCCACAACAAGUUCAACAAGCUCUUCUAGUAGUGGCGGCGACGAUUCAUCUAGCGAUGAGGAAUCAUUGAAUGAGGCGCAAACAUGCACAACAUCAUCCAAAACACGCAAAUCAUUCUCCUUCGAAGCUCUUCUACCAACAAUGGAGGAUGUCUACGGAACCAAGAUCUCAACGCCGACCCCAUCAAGCUUAUCCCAGUAUAAACGUUAUGUUCAAAUCGGGAAAAUAGCGUCAGCACCCAUGGCCGACAUAGGCCGGCAGCAAUCCAUCAAUAAAAGUAUGCGAUCAAUGAAAUUCCUGACGAUAAGCGACUUUCCUGGCGAUACAUAUGAGUGUGUGCGUGAACCGAAGGUCGACGAGAAGAGCCAAGAGAUCUAUAGACGAUAUGUCGAUGCACCAAAUUGGAUUGGGAAGGAACAGUCGAAGAAAACAGCUGAGAUUCUAGAAAAUUAUGUCAACUUUAUUGAAUGUAACAAAUUCAAAUAAAAAGUAUUAUCUUAUCGUAACAAA